AUGGGUCCACACUCAUGAACAAAAAGUAUCUUACUUCUGGAUAGAGUCAUAGAUAGAGAAAAUGCUUUGUUCGGUUUUGAGCUUGGCUGGUAAUUCAGUGCCUGAAUUCUCAGAUACCAAAUUGCGUAUGUGAGUUCUACCAUUUCUCUUGCUUCCACCUCCAUGUGCUGCUUCAGUAUCUGCAUCUCCAAGUGGCAGAAUGUGGGAGGCAACCCAGUACUAGGUAGUGCGCCAAUGACAUGUUGGAGUGGCCACUGAGGCGCAUUUAAAAAAUUACUGCACAGACUCGGAUUGCAAGUAGUUGCACUCAAUUAUAGCUACUCAACUAGCUCAUAGUCGUCAAGGGAUUUCCAUGGGGAGGAUUACCUAUCAAGAGGGUGCAUGGAGGAUGCAAAUCUCAACUAUGCUGAGUCCAACAGAGUCUCCAUAUUAACAGUGGACAAAUUUUCAAGAAGGAUGGUUCUUCAGUUUCUGGGAUUUAAUCAAGUGAUAUGUUAUGCUUCUCCUGCUUUGGCUGCACCUAUUAUGCCAGACAUUAAGGAACCUGAAGUCAUACGCACAGUGGACCAGUUCAGUGGAGAAAGUAAUCCUGUUAUACUUUGGAUGAGAACCAGACAGAUGAUAGUGGGCUUAAAGGAGGUCUUGACUGGCAUGAGAGUUGGAGGAAAGAGAAGAGCACUGAUCCCACCUUCAGUAGGAUAUGUAAAUGAGAAUUUGCAACCAAUGCCUGAAGAGUUUGGCCCUCGUCGCAGCCUUUUUCCUCAUGCACAGGAGCCUUUGGUUUUCGAAGUUCAACUCUUGAAAAUUUUGAGCCCUCCACCACCACCUGCAGCAUUUAACUAAUUAUUAUUAUUAUUUUUAUCUAUUGACGAUUGUGUUACCCUCAAUUUUCAUUGUUUUCUGUUAAGCUUCCUUAGUGGCAGAAAAAUGAAUGUUUCAUAAAAGCAAGGAGAAGAAGAGUUAUAAAUGUAAGAGAAUGCUUAUCUUUUAUUUUUCAUUUAGUCUUGUUUUUAUCCCUUUA